AUGCAUCAAAGAUGCUGCCAGGGACAGAAGGCGGCGCUCAUCACCUGCAACAAAGCCAUCAAUGCUUGUAAGCGCCAGAGUGACUGGCAAGGAGCUCUGCUGCUUUUGUGCAGCCUUUGGACGCAGAACUUGCAGGCUGACAUCAUCUCCUACACUGCUGCGAUUGGGGCGUGUGAGAAAUCCUACAAGUGGCAGCUGGGCCUGCAGCUCUUGCAUGAGGCUCUGGCCAGGGCCUUGCAAGCAAACGAGCUCACCUUCACUGCGGCCAUCAGCGCCUGCGAGAAGUCUGCGAGUUGGCAGAAGGCGCUGGUGCUCUUGGUUCAGGUGAGCGAGCAAGGACUGCAGAAAGACCUUGUGCUUCUGAAUGCGGGUAUCAGUGCUUGUGCCAAAGCGGGCAUGUGGCUCAGUGCCUUGGAAAUGGUCCUCGACGCAGAACGGCAGCUCCUCCAAACAGACCUGAUCUCGCAGAACGCCUGUAUCAGCGCCUGUGCCAAGGCAGCACAGUGGCAACGUGCCUUGCAAGUCCUCGCAGACUUGGAAGUGAGAGAUCUUCUGCCGGACGUGAUCACCUUUAGCGCGGCGAUUAGCUCCUUGGAGUCGGAGUGGGAGUUGGCUUUGCAUCUGCUGCGGGGCCAGACGAAGUCCGGGAAGGCUAAUGUGAUCACCUACAACUCUACCAUCACAAGCUUCGGAGUAUCCAGUCAGUGGUGCCUUGUCUUCGAACUCAUGGCCGAGAUGGCUUCUGACAACGUGUGGCCCAGCAUUGUAACCCACAACGCGGCCAUCGCUGCCUGUGAGCGAGCUUCUGUGUGGCAGCGGGGCUUUCAGGCCUUCCUUCAGCUACUCCAUGGCCCACUGAAGGGCCUGGAGCCCGACGUGGUGACCCUGAAUGCUGCCCUGAGCGCCGCUUCCCAUUCCUCCGAAUGGCAGCAGGCGAUCCGACUGCUGAAUGCUGCGGUCGCGCAGAAGAUGCGGCCGGAUGUUGUCAGCUUCGGGACCCUCAUCACGGGGUGCGAACGCGCUGCCCUGUGGCAGCAGGCCCUGCAGCUUCUAGGCGAGCUCGGUCGCCGCCGCCUGGAGGGGAACGUGGUCACCUACAGCGCUGCCAUCAGUGCCUGCGAGAAGGCCAAGUCAGGCAAGCAUGAUCAGUGGGAAGUUACCUUGCAGGUCUCCCAGUGGCAUUCGGCAUUACAGCUCCUUGCGGAGCUGAAGAGGUCCCAGCUGCAGCCGAACGUGGUGGCUCUGAGCGCGGCGGUGAGUGCCUUGGAUCGUGCCGCGCGCUGGCAGCACGCCCUGCGGCUCCUCAGCGACUUCCCCGAAACCGCUCCCAACGCCGUCACGUUGAGCGCGGCCUGCAGCGCCUGCGAGAGGGCCUCAGCCUGGGAGAUGGCUGUGGCUCUUUUGACUCUUGUAAAGGCUACAGAAACGGAGUCAGGGGGGCCAGACAAGCUCGUCUACAGCGCAGUCGUGGGUGCUUGCGUCCAGGUGGCAGAGUGGGAACAGGCCCUGUGCUUGAUGAGGGAGCUUCCUGAAACGGAUGCCAUCCUUCUUUCUCUGGGCAUCGCCGCCUGCUACCAGGGCUCCUGGUGGUGCCAGGCCCUGGUCCUUUUAAACCAGCUCGGGUCGCUCACCUGCAGGACAAUGGCGAGUGCAUGGGUGGAGAAAGUCACGGCCACGGCCGCUUGUUGA